AUGGAUGAGCUUGAUACGUCAGGCUCUUCUUGGUUCGACUGCUUCAUUAACCUCAAAACGUUCAGCGCCAAUCUCAAGAAUAAAAAAAGUGAUUAUUUCACCAAUUUGAAAAAAAGAAUACGCUGCAGUACGUGAAUAGAAUCAAACCCUAACUUUGAAAAAUUAUCGUUAAAAAUAAUUUUUAGUGUUUCUUCAAGAUAUUUGCGUGAACAUCCCGGUAAUCUCUUUUUGAAACUUCAAAUACUGCCUUCAUUAAAAGUGGAAGAGAAAAGGAAAUUUUCAGAUAUUCCCAAGUUAUGUGUGCAGUUCACAGAGAGAGCGAUCGUCGCGGAGCGCGACAGAGAUGCGCAAAUCUCGAAAAAUAUGCCUCCAGGUGUACAUUUGGAGAUUUUCAAUCAUGCUAAAAAAUUGAAAAACUAAUGGAGAGGAUUCAGAAGACGUGGCUUACUGCGAAAGGAAAGCAGCAAGUCUUUGGCUGUGUGGCCUCGCCUGUUUUGCUACUAUCGAUUGGGACUUCGAGUACAUAAUCGAAAAGUGAUUAUUUUAUUCUUAUUCGCACCACUUAUGGACUUUGUCGCAUCAAGAGUAACGCGGGUGAAUCGGGAGCAAUAUCGUUCCCUCGAAAAAAAUUUUCUUUGAAAAAAAAUUUGAUUCACAAGUUUUUUUGAUGUCAAAUAUGAGGUGAAAUAAUUGAAUUUUUAAAUUAAAAAAAUUCAUAUAAAUAUAGUCUAUUUUUUUAGCCUCGAAACCUUUUUUCCCAUGCUUCUUCAAACAGUCCAGCCAGUUUUUGAAGAAAAAAAGAAUGAUUUUCAGCGUUUCCCGCUUCGAACUCCUCAUUAUCCGAGCUUUGAUCGACCAAACCUACAAAAUGUAUGCGAUGAAUGAACGGAAACUGGACCCGGUAUUUGGCAACUGGCUUUUCUAUCGUUGGUGCCUUUCUCUGGACCGCCGCUUCAAAGUGCCGCAGCCGCCGCCCAAGGCAACUAUUGCCCAUCAGUCAGUUUUUUUCCAAAUUCUCAUUGAUAUGAUGUCUUCUAAAACGAUAUUUUUUUAAAAACUACUCUGUAAUCCAUUUUUUGUCCGUCAUCUUAUCGGAAGAGCAUAGGCGUUUAAGAGUUUUAGUAUUACUCAGUAUUAGAGCGCAAUUAAUUUAUGACAAAAAUAUUAUAGGUUAAUUAGUUUAAAAAAAUAUUUUUUUGGAUGAAUUUCUAUACCGACUCUCAGGAGGAAUAUUUAUGAAACGCAAUAGAUUAUAAAGGUUUUUUUUUUUCAUUGUCUAACUCUAAAAGUCUCAUUUACCAACUUCAUUAUAAAAAAAUUGAGGAAUAGGAAAGUAGGAAUAGUGGAUAAUGGUCGCUAGAAGGCUCAAAAAAGGCUGCAGAAAGGCAGCAAAAAGAGUCCCCUUGUAGAGCCCUCCAUUUUUUUUUAUAAUUUAAAAGGCUUAAGAAAUAUUGAAAAAAGGGAAAGGCAGCAAAAAGGGUGCAUAAGAGCCGAUUAAAUGACGCAAAAAGGGAGCCUUUUUUUACCCUAAAAGGAACAUUUCUAUGGAGCCUUUUCCGACUUUGCCUAUGUAUUUUAUUUUCGUUUUUUUUACAAAAUAUUUUAUUUCAAAGUUUCGAAACGUGGUUCUGAGAUCAAAAAAUGUGAGUUUACUGCAAUUGUCGCUGGAAUCUUGCAGGUCGCAUAUAAACCCACAGAGUGAUCCGGCGUUCCAGCGGUCGGAGAAAGUGCAGCGGAUGCUGAGCGAGUUCCGCGAGCAUCUCCAGAAGGCGCGCUUCUUCCUCGGCGAGCUGAUGGAACAGAAGCGAGAAGUGGCGGUUCCGGGACCGCGAUGCUUCACCGAACCGCUUCUGAAGGCGUUCGCGUCGUUGGACAGCGCCGUCCAAGGAGACCGCGACGUCCUCGCCGUGCCGCCUUGUCCCGAUUUCAACAUUGAUUCCAAGAUUCUCAAGGGCACCGAAGUGGCCAACAAGGUGCCCUAUUGCAAUACUCUCUCGAAGUUUUCCGUUUUCAGUGCUGUGCCGAACUCGUCACCUUCUUUUUCACAAAUGGCGACUUUUCAGAAGUCAAAAGGCAUCUGGUUCAGGUAUAUUCUCAAUCCAGACUAAAAGUUUCAUUGCUUUCAAAGCUGUCGCUUUUCCAAGAAAAUAUCGAGGAAAUGAAAAAACCGACGCUAGCGUUUCAAAAAGUUUUUAUUUUGAAUAAAAAUGAAUGUUUCUAGGUUUGAUAUUGAAACCACAGAAAUAGCCUUUUUUUCUUAAAGGAAUUUCUAUUUCACUUUAUUUAAAUUCCAUGGAAUCUCAUUUAUUUCUCUAUUCCGAUUUACCUGAACUAAACUAACGAUCAUCAAAAUUUUAACGUGUCUAAUUUUUCUCGACAAGCAAGUCUGGGAUAUAUUUUUUCUAGAAAGGAAUUAGUCAAGCUGCAAACUCCGCCCCCGAAAACGCUCUCUGUUUAUCUACGCAGAAGGGGCGGAGUUUGAUUUAUGGCAUGACAUUUAAAAUCUGAACAGACUAUAUGGAUUCAUUUUUGCGUGUGGCUCGCAUUGGGACCAUGUUCCUCAAUGGUGUACCCGUAUUAAACCCGUGUUUUCUAGGCUAUUUGAGUCACAGUUGGGCUAAAACGGGAGAACAUAGGGCUAGGUGACUUAACUGUGCUAAAGCGGUGCCUCAGCUGGGGUAAAAGUUGCCAAAAGUUCUACCAGCUGUACUUCUACGGGUUUUUUUUUUAUUUAAGUACGGCGGCACCCGCUCUACCAGCUGUGCUUCUACGGGUUUGAUACGGGGGUACCCGCUGAGACCCCAUGUUAGCCUGGCUGAGUCACCCUCAUCAGUAUGAGAGGAGUUGAAAGACGAAGACUCUGUUUUCCUCUUCGACACCCUAAUUCAUAUUGCUUCUAUCGGAGAACUCCCAUCCCAUUUGCAGAUGGUACCCUCGACGAGCUCCUCGUUCUUGGUGGCAGUCGACGACGCGGCGAUGCACGGCUACGCGACUGCGGUCUGUGCCACUUCGUGCUAUGCCUUCAACUCAAAGUACAGCCGGAUCGAGAGAAUAUCCUACUCUAAUGACGUAAAUUGACUGUUCAUUGCAACAAUUAUUGAUUUCUUUUGAAGCUCCCAUCGAAAGACAACGAUUAUUCCCGAAAAAGUGAGUUGUUUCGGAACAGAGCCGACGUGGAAGUUCCUCCAUCCUUAGCGGUGCGUUCUCCUUCCUCGGUACUUGACGAAUAGUCCUCAGAAUAACUACCAAGCGGAGAACUUAGCAAGGACGAUAAUUGAUGGAAAGAUGGAGUGUGUACGCGACAGGCUCAGACCGGACGUCAUGCUACACUUUCUCAAGGUUUGUUCGAUUUCGCCCAACUUUUUUUUUUGAAAAAAAAUCGUUUUCCGUCCUGAAAUAUACUUAUUUAUCACACCUCUUUGUCCUAAAAAGUACUUUCCAGCUAGCUACGUCUCUAAUUGGCUGGCUUAGACUUAUAUCGGAACUUUAAGGCUGAAAUAUAGCCGAUUCACAGCUAGCUUAAGACGCUAGGAGGGCGUGGCCUGUCUGCGCUCUCCACGAACCAGGCACUAUCUCUUGCAUAAUUAUGUCAGGACCCUUUUUCGAUGGCUCAAGCCAGACGUUAAUCAGCUAUAAUCAAUCAUUGGAAAUCUUAAAAGAUCUCUUGUAGGCCUUGAUGCUUUCUUUCCGAAUUCAAGGAACUAUUGAUCAGAAAUAAAAUUUAUUAUUUUCUGUGAAGUAGAGUCUGAGAAAAGAUGUGAAUUUGAAGGCUGUGAGACGACAAACGCCGUUGGUCCGAUCCCACAAACAGAAGGUUGCCCUCAACGGAUACCUGCAGUUUCUAUGCGCGACGACGUUGGACCUCAAGGAAUCGCUGACCCGUUUCGGGUUCGAUACGAAGAUCUUCCGCGGCUUGGCUGUCGCCUCUCCCAAAACGAAGCAGACGCCUCUGCCAACGACGGAGAUGAUCAAAGGUUUCCAAGAACAGUUACUUCGGAACGUAGCAUGAAAUAACCAAUUUUUUGAACUAUAUAUAGCUAGUUGAGGCAGAACUUGCUCCGUAGCCACAAAUCGAUCAACCAAAAACUUUAUGAACAUUUGAAUUUUUCCUAUUUAUCUUUCUGUCAUGUCGAUAAGUAUUCGACUAGGUUCACUAGAUGUAGUUUUUCACGCUGAAAUCUGGUCUCAACAACUGCCCUUAUCACACGCCGAGCUUUGAAAAAUCAUAUCUUUUCUUCAAAAUAUUUUUGAAAAGUUGUACUUGACUAUGGGAACAAGGAUACCCUCCAGAAAUAAGCUCGAUCGGAGACGCUGAAAUUUUCGACUCUUGAGAGCUCCUAACUUUUUUCAUGGACCUGAAAGACAGUUUUUGAUAUCAGAUUUGAAAAAAGCGUGAAAAACUACAUCUAGUGACCUAGUCUCAUUCACAACUCCCACUGUGAGCUCAGAAUAUUUUCUAGCAAGCUCCUUCCACCUCUAUAGAAGAUUUUAUUAUCUUAAUUCUCGGAAAUUCUGUUGGAGCUGAAAAUUCAAGAAGUUUUCAAGAAAUCUGUUUUUUUUCUUUGAAAGUUUGAUUUUUAUUCUCGACUGCUCUUUGUAGAGUACAACUUUAUAACUAUUCGAGAGUAAGUCUGGAUGGAAGGUAAUGAUAAAAAAAAAAGUAAAAGUUUCAAUUUUUCAAAUUUUCAACUCGAAAGAGUUGGUUUUUAAGAAGCAAGUUUCAUCAAACAACUGUAUUAAAGAGUUUGGCGAAUAUUGUUUUUUUGAAUGAAAAUUUUUAGUACCGUUUCUAAUAAUGGUUAUAUUUCCAUUAAAAUGAAUACUUUAGCCGUUUUUUUCCUAUUCAGCUUUAUAUUUGAAAAGAAUGAAUGCAUAAAAAGAUGUCAUUCAUACUUUUCGGUCUUCAGAUUCACAAAAUUUCAAAUUUUGAAGCAGUUUGAAACGCAUAUUAAAUGAUCUAAUCUAGGAAAUGAGUUUAAAUAAUGUCUUAUUCGAACAAAACGUGCGGAGGAUCCUAAAAACAGUGUUAGAAUCUAUAUGGCUUAUUCAGCCUUCUAUGUAUGAUAGAGGCUAUGACGGCGCGAGAACCGCAGCGAGUCGGACACACGCAGGCGAGAGGGUAUAAAGGCGACGAGAGAGCGCGGUUGAGAGGAAGGUUGGCCGGAAGACGGCACAGGGGGAUGACUCACAGGCCGAAAUGGUCUCGACGUCCUCGGGAAGGUCUGAGAAAAGGUCCAAGUGGGUUCCAGGAGAACCUCGCCCUCGUCGGCGAGCGGUUGUACCAGAAAAGGUCCUCGGAAACGAGUUGGAACACAGCCGCGACCAGCGACGCUUAGUGCGAUUGCCACACCAACACAAUUCAGACUAGUCUCUGGCCAACCUUUUUCUCAUUUACAAAUUUGGUAGAUAUAGUAACUUUAUAGGGGUCAUGAUCAUAUGCCUACAUCUUUAGACUCUUCGUCCAGAACUAGAGAUAAAACUCAAAAAAAAAAGUUUGUUCUUGACCUAGUAAAGCUCAAAAGUUUGAAAAAAUCGUCAUUUUUUCAAGUUUUUGCAAUUUUUUUCAUGCUGGACAUGUUCUUCACGUUGAAAACUGUUUGAGCCGAUUUACUUCACCAGAAAAAAGUUAUCUUUCUACAGUAUUUUCUCUACCAUAACCCUGAUAGUGGGCGGAGCUUCUCAGAAACCGGCGCUUUGAGUUAAGAAUGCUCUCUAGUAUCUGCGACGUCAAUACCAGGCUCCAGGAACAAUUUUGAAAUUUUUGUACCAAGAGAUUUUCGAAAAUCUCAUAGGACGUUAGUUAAGCUCGAUUGGGACUUAUUCUGAAAAUUCCUUCGUUAUUUUUCCAGAGGAAGAUUUAAUGAGGAAGCAUAAACAUAUGAGGUUGCAGACCAGGAGUGUAUCAAGCUUAUCGUAUUCUUUCGUAAAUCCUGCAAUUAUUCAAAAUUAUAACUUUUUGAAUGGUAACCAUAAAAAGGAGGAUAUUUAUUAGUUUUAAUUUUGGAUUAAUGAUUAAGAAAUAUUGGUUUCCGAUUACAGCUCUCAUGGCCUGCGACGAUCCAUGGUGGAAUAUUCUGACGAAAUUCUCUUUGAGCAGCUUGAAAGAGGCUCUGCGAGACUUGGGUCCUUACUGGCAUCCUCAAACUGUAUAAAGUUAAUCUUGGCAUAUCCAACAAGUAUUUCCAGAUGUUGUAUUCGGAAUUUCUCAAAGCCAUCGUCAGUAGAGAAGAGAUUACUGCAAAUAUAAACUUACAACGGCUGCUCCUCGGGAAGUUGGAGCAGCUUGCUCAGAUUCAUGUUUCAGAACUCUCUCUUCAUAUCACCAACCACCUUUUUCAGAACUACAAGGAAUUUGCUGAGCGUUUGUCAGAGUACAGCCCCGAAAUUUUAGGAAUAAACUCAAAAAGGCUGGUUGAACUCGUCUACGAGGUAGAUAUUUGACCUGGCUUCGCAAAUUAUUGAUAAAUCUCUAGGGAAUGCAAGUUCAAGCAAGGAUCGGAAACGAUCAAUCUUUCGUUUCCUACGAUCGGUUACAAGACAUACGGGCUCCACUCUUCGCCGCCAUUUUCAACCAGGAUUUCCAUCCACCGGAGAAAGGCUCUACCGAAAUGAUCAACCAGGUACUUUGCAACUUGCCCAAGAGGUGCAUAAUUUUCUGAUUAAGUGUUUGGCGAUAAUGCUGAACCUCGGCGAGUUCAAAUUGGUCUUCGAAAAAGCCGGACAGUAAGUACAUAUAUGUAUAUUUUCAAAGGUAUUGUUUUUAGAAUUAACUUACCUUUCCUACCAAUGGUACCUAUUGCGCGCUUACUCGGGGCAUACGGCGUCAACCUCGCCGACAACGUGACCGUUCGCAAGUGCGUCAGUGCGUUCUCGCAACACGUUACUCCAUUCUUCACUCGCGAAGCAAAGUAACCUCAAAAUUAGAAUCUUUGAUAGAGCCGUGUCCAGACAUUCAACAGCUGCGUGGUCCGAUGUGGUGGUCUCUCAGAUGGUGCAUCUCUUCGACCUCAUCCGACACACCGAACUCGUUUCCUUCCUGCUUGCCUUCCUCGUUCAGCUUCACAACCGAGCGAUGAGCAAACGGAGCAGUUUGCGGAUCUUCGCUGAAAAGUCCUCCUUAUUCGGCAGUGAUACGGCACCGUACGUAAUCGAUCAGUUCAUUAAUCUCUCAACUUGAAUCUAGUUUGGACAACGCAAAAAUAGUCGAGAUAAAACAAUGCUUACGCGUUUUAUGCAAGAAGGCGCUCGAGACGUCGAAGACGAAUCCGUCAUAUCUCAGGACUGUCGGCGACUUCCACUAUGGUGAGUUCAAUUGCAAUGGAUAGAGGACACGUUUAACAACUACUUAGGAGCUCCAGAGUGGUCCCUAUAGUGGUGCCUGAAGGGUCCCCUCUAGAGAACACUUUACCAGCCCUAUUGGGGCCACUAAAACUUGCAAAAAGAGUCCAUAUAUAGGGUUUUUGUUAGUGGCCCCUAUAGGGGACAUGCUAGCUGAUUAUUGUUAUGAACUCUAUGAGAAGAAGCCUUUCCAUACGGAAAACUCAAUAAAUAAGCGUUUUAUGAAUGUAAGUUAUCAAUUGAUCAGUUUGCCUUUUCAUUUUCAAACCUGAAAAAAAAAUUGAAAGAACCCUAUAGGGACCACUUACGCUUUAGAGGAGAAGGGUUAAGACUCUAAGCCCCUAUAGGGACCAUCUUGAUUUUACUCCUAUAGGGACCACUUUUUUAGCCCCUAUAUGGGCUGUUUAUACCCCUAACCUCAAUAGGGAUCACUCUAAAAUUUCUAAUUACAUGUACAAAAAAAAUGUGCUCUCAUGUGUUAUUUCAGUGGAAGGAAAUUAUCAAAUGGCCAUGCUCCGGUAUCUAGAGUACUUUUCCGCCAGCUCUUGCAACCAAAGACAAAAACUCGUUGAGCCCGACUUCUUCCACGAAUCGGUUUCUCAUUAGAAGUUUCUGGAACUAACAAGAAGUUCAGAUGCUCCAAAGAAUGCGUCUCUGUCUGUCACAAGCAGGACAGUUAACUCUGGCAGCCUGUAUCUGCCAGCCGCUGAAACUUUUGAAGCCCGAGGAGCUACGGCGCUCCGCCAAGGUUUUUCUCGAUGAGCAGCGUUUUUUUAGAAAUUUAUUUUGAGCUGCUGCGGGCAAAUGAGACCCGAGACGAUGGCGCCAAUUGCUCGCUCUUCGUUUUCGAUUCGGCCGCCGUCGAGGUGCUGUCCGACCACUACUUCAACACGAAACAGAGCCGUUCUCUCGACGUUUUGGUAGGAGAAGUAUCAGCUAGGAGCAAUAACUAUAUGAUUCACUUUGACAUAUAAAAUCUAUGUUAAAAUCACAAAACUCCUAUGUCAGUGAUCCUAAGGAAAGGGGAUUUACAGAGUUUCAACGGGAAUUUUGAAAGCGAUUCUUGGGAAAUUUUGUUAAUGUGUUUGAACCUGAAGGCCCUUUUCGAGCCAUCUUUUCACGAUUUUUUCCUCCGAGCUCAAAAAAAAAAGAACCUUUUUUUUCGAUAUGCGGGCCCUGCGCCUUUGAUAUAACGGAAUUUUUUAGGCCUAAUUAGAGGCGCAUGUACCCAGGCUGUGUGUUUCGAAAAGAACAGUUCUGGAGCUCGGAUAGAAAAAUCGUGACAAGCUGGCGCCUAAUGGUCUAUAACUCAGGGAGGUUGUUGAGAUUCAUCAAAGAAAUAAAAUCCCCCCCUCCAGGUGCCCCUAAGGUUGCCCUUUAGGGGGCCACUCUGGAGUUAUAAAGAUUGAACUUUCUACCCUUAGAAAGUCGAGCUUCCCGAGAAGAAAUGACAAAAAUUGGAAUUUUCAGUACGCGGGAGGAUCGUCACUGCCGACAAAUCGGAACGCGCGACAGGACCUGUGGACGGCGGAUGUGGCGCAGCGCACGUCCCGGUUACUGAGAGCUCUCUCCGCCGCCGCCUUCAACGUCCAUCUUUAG